AUGGCGUCCAAGGAGCUGCUCUUCUCAGGCCAAUUCAUGGCUCUAACGACAGAUGAGAUGCACGUACGGAUUCAAAAAGACGCUAUAUCUUUCCUCAAUCAAUUGACCGAAUCCCUUCUCAUAGUGAGUCUUCACGGCAAGACGUCGCUCGUUCGCAGUCUGCUUGACGACGUCCGAGACGAAACAGCUGAAGGCGUUUGGCUCUAUGUCAAGUGCAUUAAUUUCCCAAAUGCCAAAUAUUUGGCAAUUUUGGAUCGACCGGGGUUUGGAAACUCGUCAGUAGAAGUGCUUUUGUACUCGAUCCUGGCGAGUUUGAGUAGUGUCGUUGUGCACCAUGUAGACGGUCACUUGACUACAGAAGCAGUGAAACAGUUUUCGUUUCUCGCUUCUAACAAAGAAGAUGGCGCAUUGCCUAAUAACGCUUUUCCUCAGUCUCCAAAACUACUUUGGGUGCUGCAGAAUGUUACUAUCAACGAGCUGAAGGAACAGAUGAAGGAGAGUGGAUUGUCUAGGCAGGAGACCGAACAAACAUACUUGUGCAAUGCUUUGGCCGCAUUGCCCAAGAAUUCGCCAGAAGCAGCAUUGAGCAAGCUUUUCGAGUCUGUAUUUCCCGACCAAAAUUUAUUUGUUAUGCCACCAAGAGGGUCAGAGACAUUUGAAAAGCAAGUUGGGAAACUGUCUCGGCUAUUCACAGAUUCGAUACACAACCGCUACCAUAACAAGAUCGUGCUGAAUGGACCGCUUGUUUGUUCGAUCGCGGUUUCGAUGCUUGCUCAUCGUGAAAAUGUAUUCAAGGUAUUUGAAGGUCAAGCUUGGAACGAUAUGAUUCACAACUGCUGCCUCAAUGUUGUCAAAAAUGGAGUCAAGCUUUACAAGCUGCUGAUGUCCGACAGACUGGGCAGCAUUGUCGACACGUCAGACCUCGAAGAAUUUGAGCAGGCGCUAGAUCCUGAUCAAGAAAGGCGAGAAUUCGUUGAGCUGCCAUGUGAACAUGCAACUCUUCUCGACGCGCACGAUUUUGCAAAACGUAAAGCAAAAGCAGCUCUUCGCACGAUGCCUGUCUUACCCGGAAAACUCAGCUCAUUGCUUAAGAGAUUAUUCUGUGAUUUAGUGGGGUCAGUGUUUGCCUCAGUGCAGAAUGAAAAUAAUCGCAUCUCAUCUGAGCUAUGCCAAUCAUUGCUUACUACACUACACGCCAAGAUGACAGACCAAGUUGACAAGCAGUUAAUCUCGGGCACGCAAAACGAGGAAGACUCGUAUUUUUUUCAGUCGACGAAAUUUAGGAGAUUUUAUCGCGACUACCAAACAAACUUGUUUGAAUUCAUUGCUAAGUACACAGAUCAAGCAAAGGGUCCUGUCAAGAUAGAAGAGCUUGCCAAGUUUAUGCAUAGCGUCAUCCGGCCGCAGCUCGCUGAGUUUUCGGAAAGGCUGGAAAAGAUCCGUAAGGAUGAUGUGAAUAUGUUGGAGGAGGGGAUCAAUGAGAAAGAGGAGGAAGUUGAGAAAUUUAGCGCCAAGCAGAAAAUAUACCAGAAGAAGUCAAUGGAUGCACAAGAUGAUAUCAAUCGACAGCUAGUCGGAGGUGCUAAGCUUCACGCACUGCGGAAAGAAGCGCUUAUUGGAGCAAUUGAUGACCUAACUCGAAUGCACGAGAUGGCUACGAAACAGAAGGAACUACUGGAAAAGGCUGCAUUCGUUUCGGUUCAACUGCCCGAGCAAAAGGUCAUUGAAGCUGCACAGGAUAUAGCUGCACAAGAUAAGGAAGUUACGGAGUUUCAGGGCUAUCUGAUCAAGCAAGGUGGUGGUGGAAAUGUACUCAACCUCCUUGGUCGAAAGAAUUGGAAACAACGGUACUUCAUUCUCAUCGGUGCUAGCUUAAUUUAUGCAAAAACAAAGGACGAUUACGAGCGUGGGAAGAUUAUCAAGGAACUUAGUCUGACUGGUUGCCGCGUUGAUCCAUCUCGUGAUGCGGGAGAAGGAUUCAAUAUCACUCCAGGCAAGUCCGCACACGUGUUUGUGGUGCAACGAGGUUUGUUUGAGAAAAACAGUAAAAAACGCUCAUCAGCAGUAGACAGCGGUCGCGUUUUUAAGCUGCGUGCUCAAAAUAUUCAAGAGCGCGACGUAUGGAUCGAUAAGUUACGUCAAGCGGCUGGAGGCUACUAA